AUUCUGCUCCGCCCUCAAACCUCCAUAAUCUGCCGCUGCAUCAGUGUGUCCGCUCAUAACAGGAGGUUUGUACAGUGGAGGUUUCAGUCCGUGCUCUAUUUGACCUUAAAGCAAACAUGUCGGGUUAAAAAAAGAAAAUACGGAGAGCUGACCUACAGUGUAGUUAGUGUGGAGAGUAAAACGAAGCAAUCGCAGGGAAAUAUGUAAAGACCAACAGGAUGGCGUGUGAGGGAGAAAAUAACGAAGCAGCGGGUACUUUUAUUGACAGUUAUGGUGAACCUUCAGGAGCCGUCGUAGCUUAGCUGUAGCGCGAAGUUGACCCAGCGCUGGACUACACGCCGACCCGCAGACCCGAGCGGACGGAAGGGAAGCUGAAGCAGCCGUAACGUAAAGAAAGGAGAGUGCAUGUCUUUUUUUAAGCGGCACAUGGCUUGUAUUCUGCUGACAAACAUGGACCCGCCCACCACAGAAAAUCAGAACGGCCUCCCGCCAAAUCUAGACUUGGCCACUGGACCGAAGCAAGACAAUAAGGCCACCUGUCUGAGCGUCUACCAGUACUGCGAGAAGAAGGAGGGAGGAGAGGGGGGGGCAAGUUAUUCAGAAAGUGUCCUCACGUUUCCACCUGGAGAGUAUGUAGCAGAGGAACUUUGCAUCUCUGCAGCGAAAGCGUGUGGGAUUGGUCCAGUGUACUUCAGCUUGUUUGGACUAAUGAGGGAAAACGACCGGACAUGGUUCGCCCCAAAUCAUGUCUUUAAAGUGGACCACUCAUCCUGCGAGAAACUGCACUUCAGAAUCAGAUACUAUUUUCCUGGCUGGUACAACAGCAACAAUUUAUCAUACGCUCAUCGCUAUGGUUUGUCUAAAGGGAUGGAAAGCCCUGUGAUGGAUGACUGUGUCAUGGCAUACCAGUUUUUUCAGUGGCGUAGUGACUUUCUGAAUGGCUGGGUUGAUAUUCCAGUUAGCCAUGAAGCGCAGGAGGAGUGCCUAGGCAUGGCUGUGCUGGACAUGAUGAGGCUCGCCAAAGAGAGCGGGCAAUCAGCAGUGGACAUCUACAAUGACAAAAGCUACAAGUCCUUCCUCCCAGUGUCCAUGCGAAGCCGCAUCCAGGAAUAUAACAUUUUGACUCGGAAGAGAAUCCGCUAUCGCUUCAGGAAGUUCAUCCAGCAGUUCAGUGAGUGCAAGGCCACUGUGUGUAACCUCAAGCUCAAAUACUUAAUGAGCCUUGAGAUGCUGUUGCCCUCUCUCUACUCCGAGCACUUCCAAGUCACAGACACCUCCUCAAAUGAGGUUACCAUCAUUGUCAUGGGAAAUAAGGGCAUCCAGUGGUCUAAAGGGAAAGAGGAGGACAGAGCAGAGGAGGAGCUGCAGACAUACUGUGAUUUCCCAGAAGUGAUUGACAUCAGUAUCAAACAAGGCAAUAAGGAAGGAUCUGCAGAGAGCCGCAUAGUUACACUCACCAAACAGGAUAACCAGAUCAUGGAGCUGGAAUUUCGCUCGCUCUCAGUGGCCAUGUCAUUCGUGUCACUGAUUGAUGGAUACUACAGGCUGGUGGCCGAUGCCCAUCAUUACCUGUGCAAAGAAUUAGCGCCGCCACGGCUUCUGGAGUGCAUUCAGAGCUACUGCCACGGCCCUGUGUCGAUGGAAUUUACAGUCAGUAAAUUGCAGCGCUCCGGUAACCAUCAAGGCCUGUACAUGCUUCGCUGCAGCCCCAGGGAUUAUGAUAAAUACUUCAUGUCUUUUGUGGUGGGGUAUGAAACGAUGGUGGACUAUAAGCACUGUCAGAUCACAAAGACGGAGUCAGGAGAGUACAUUCUAAGUGGAGCCAAGAGGAGCUUUGGUUCACUCAGGGAACUUCUGAAUUGCUACCAGAAGGAGGCGCUCCGCACUGAUGGGUACACAUUUCAGCUGAUCAGGUGCUGCCCACCCAGCCACAAAGAUAAGUCCAACCUGCUGGUGUGUAGAAAUAAUCAAGGGGCCGAGAUGCCCAUAUCUCCCACGCUCCACAAACACAACAUCAGCCAGAUGGUCUUUCACAAGAUUCGAAAGGAGGAUCUCAUCAUCAAAGAGAGUCUGGGUCAAGGAACGUUCACCAAGAUCUUUUGCGGUGUGAGGAAGGAGCUUGGAGACUAUGGGGAGAUACAUCAGAUGGACGUUGUUAUUAAGAUUCUGGACAAGGCACAUCGCAGCUAUUCAGAGUCAUUUUUUGAAGCCGCAAGCAUAAUGAGCCAGCUCUCCCACAAACACUUACUUCUCACUUAUGGCGUGUGUGUUUGUGGAGAUGAAAACAUGAUGGUGCAGGAGUAUGGUAAAUUUGGUUCACUGGACACCUACCUGAAGAAGAACAAAAGCUGUGUUAACAUCACCUGGAAGCUGGAAGUGGCCAAGCAGCUCUCCUGGGCUAUGCACUAUCUGGAGGAUAAAAACGUCAUUCAUGGGAAUGUUUGUGCCAAGAAUGUCCUUCUGAUUCGAGAGGAGGAUCGGAAAACAGGCAGUCUUCCUUUCAUCAAGCUCAGUGACCCCGGUAUAAGCAUCACUGUGCUGCCCAGAGAAGUGCUAGUGGAGCGUAUCCCAUGGGUGCCUCCUGAGUGCAUUGAAAACCCUCAAAACCUGAGUUUAGCUACAGACAAGUGGAGCUUCGGAACCACGCUUUGGGAGAUCUGCAGCGGAGGAGACAAACCUCUCAGCACACUGGACUGCUCAAAGAAAAACUUGUUCUAUGAGGACAGACACCAGCUCCCGGCUCCCAAAUGGACAGAGCUGGCCAAUCUGAUAAACAGCUGUAUGGACUAUGAGCCAUUACACCGGCCCUCCUUCAGAACAAUAAUCCGAGACCUCAACAGUCUCUUCACACCAGACUAUGAGCUGCUGGUGGAGAGUGACAUGGUGCCCAACAGAGCACGAGGCUUCGGCUUCCCCUGGGCCUCUGAGAACCAAGAUCCGUCACAGUUCGAGGAGCGACACCUCAUUUUUCUCAAGCAGCUGGGCAAAGGGAACUUUGGCAGCGUGGAGAUGUGCAGGUACGACCCGCUGCAGGACAGCACAGGGGAGGUGGUGGCUGUGAAGAAACUCCAGCACAGUACAGCUGAGCACCUCAGGGACUUUGAGCGGGAAAUUGAGAUCCUUAAAUCACUUCAGCAUGAAAACAUUGUCAAAUACAAGGGAGUGUGCUACAGUGCAGGACGAAGAAACCUACGGUUGAUCAUGGAAUAUCUCCCCUAUGGCAGCUUGAGAGAUUAUCUCAUCAAACACAAGGACAGAUUUGAUUCCAAGAAACUGUUGCACUACGCGUCACAGAUUUGCAAGGGAAUGGACUACCUUGGCACUAAGCGUUACAUUCACAGAGACCUGGCGACAAGAAACAUUCUGGUGGAGAGCGAGAUGAGGGUUAAGAUCGGUGACUUUGGUCUGACCAAGGUGCUUCCUCAGGACAAAGACUACUACACUGUCAGAGAGCCUGGGGAAAGCCCCAUCUUCUGGUAUGCUCCUGAGUCGCUGACAGAGAGCAAGUUCUCUGUGGCUUCAGACGUUUGGAGUUUUGGGGUCGUCCUCUAUGAACUCUUCACUUACAGCGACAAGAACUGCAGCCCACCAGUGGUCUUUAUGAAUAAAAUGGGCAAUGAGAAGCAGGGCCAGAUGAUUGUCUACCAUUUGAUUGACCUCCUGAGAAAUGGCUAUAGGCUGCCUGCUCCUGAUAGGUGUCCUACACAGAUUCACAAGAUUAUGAUGGAGUGCUGGAGCAAUGACCCUAAACUGCGGCCUACUUUCAAGACAUUAAUCCAUAGUGUGGAGACUGUACGAGACAGCGAGGAUAGAUGAGGAGCAUCGAUCCGUAAACCUUUGACCUUUAGGCGUUGACUCGCGUGAAUCAGUCCUCUCUGACCUGAGCAGAACAACAAAGUGUCUGAUUUACUGCAGUUUGGAGUUGAAGUGAUGUUAAUCUUCUUUCUAUGGUCACAUGAAGUAUUCACAUGAAGUGAUGAAUGAGUACACUACACUUCCGGUACUUUCAGGAAGAUUUCACCCUGGGACCAAUUGUUUUCGCUGAUGUGUUUGCACGUGUUGUGUUUGAAACAUUGAAAUGAAAACAGGGAUUGACUGGAGAGAGGCGAUAAAAGUUUCAGUGUGAAAGUCAGUAUUUUUUCCAAGAAUGUGAAAAGAACAAGCACCAACAAGCAGCAGUUACUGUUUACCUUUAAAGCUGUAAAAUAAGCAGAAAGCUUUUUUUGCAUAAGCAAAGAGACUAUGAGGGAACAAGGCUCUGCAUUCUUCACAUCACUGAGCGUAAAUCGCCAGAGCUGAACCGCAGUGCACGUGCUCAUUAGCAGCUCUACUUGAAUGAGCAGAUUUCUUCUUGCCGAUGCCCAUAUAGAUUGUUUUUUAGGGUUUUUAUCCAUGUCUUUAAGGAGGGGACCCGCCAUUGCGAUCUUUACGAGAUUUCUGCUUCUACAGUGGAAGUGACAGUUUUGAAUGUGUCUGUGCUGAGAACCUGUGAGGCGACUGAAGGAAUGAGCCGACUCCUUGUUUAUAAGGGGCAGGUUAUGCUAUUUCAUUGAGGUCAGAGUUAAAAUUUCACAAGGCAUUGGGAAAAAACCCCAAACUAUCAUAAACUCAGUGUAAUUUUUGUUUCAGUGAAAAGCAGCCAUUACUUUGUGAAACCUUUAUUAUUAAACAGGUGUGUUUUAAUAAUACAAUAUGAAGUUUUAAGCUUGUGCAGUUUGUAGAUAUGUAAAGUGAUGUAAAGUUGGGUUUUUUUGCACCUGGAGGGAAAGUAAUGAUGGGAAGUGCCUUUAUUUUCUGCAGGAGACUUGUUGCCAGUCGUGCUUUUUAUUAGAAAAACUGAUUCGAUUUUGUGGUCACGUCUUUGUUUUAUACUUUGACACCUAUUUAAAGAUCCAGCUUGUGUGUUACGUGAUUUCUUUUUAGGUUUAAGAUUGUCGGUCAAUGUUUGUGGAAGACUGUUUUCUCUUUGUUUUUAAAUCCCAAAUGCUCUCUUUUCAAGUCGUUUUCUGGUGUGAAACUCAAAUAAAUGUAUUAUUAGCAAUGAGACAGUGUACACUUUAAAUGUGUGUGUGUUCUCCUGUGUUUUAACCUCCUUAUAGGCACCCUGAAUAUUUCUUUCAUGAUACUUGACGAUUGUCAGUUUAUUCUGUUGGGUUUUUUUUAAAUUGCAAAACGUUUGGGAGUUAUCUUUUUCCAUACCAGUAUUAUUGUGAUGUAUGUAUAUCAAAUAUGAUUCUUCUGUGAAGUUUGUAUCAUUUUGUAUCCAAAGAUUUUCAUAAAA